CUAAGCCCUUUCCUUAUGGCUGUGUUCAAGAGAUUGGCAAUGAUUUCAAUUUGAUUCUUCUUAAAUGACGGAAUAGGAAUUACCAAAAGCGUGCGCGAUUUAGAGGCCUCACGAGUAACUGCGGCUUCAGGUUCCAAGAGGCUUCAGCCAUAAGCACUUGGGAGUAGCGUCAAGCCAAUGAAACGGUAACUAUCUACAUAACAGUGUGCGUGGAUUUAACUUUGGGCUGUUGACGAUAACAAAGUAGGUAAGUAUAGACUAAUAAUGGCCGUCUGAGCCGAGAUUAUGUAUGGUUCUGGUCUUAUAACCGUAUAACUCCUUUAUUACCAGACCGAAUCCGGCAUAGCAUACAAGCCACAAUCAAGCCCGUCACCCUUUCGAUGACGAUGAAGCCAUACCAGUAUGUUCCUUUGGACCACUCGUCCGAUGAUAUCCGUCUGGUCACCAUCCUACCAGGGAAGCCGAGCGACCCGAUCCGGAUCCGGAUCACACACGCAUCGCUCGCCAUUCCACCACCACCUAUCACAGUAGACAGCGAUGAGAAACAGAAACCGAAGCCGAGGCUGUCGUUGAAGGAGAUACGCAAGACGCUUCCGAACGGAUGGGCUGCGCUGGAGACUUUGGAGGGGAGGAUCGUGUUUUGGAAUAGGGGGAAGAGGCACUCGUCUUGGAUCCAUCCGAACCCGAGUUUCCCCCGUCAGGCGUACCAUGACCCUGUCGAUGGAGAUGGAGAUGGAGAAAAUGGGCAAUCACAGGUCCCCUCCUACGAAGCCCUGUCUUACACCUGGGGCUCCCCUGAAGAUCCCCAGGAAGCCAUCGUCGAAGAAGGCUGGGAAGACGAGACGCCACCACCACCACCACCCACACCAUCUGGUGAAAAGCGUGGUCGCGUGGGGGAUGAGGGGUCUCAGCUAUCAUCCCUACCCAUCUCCAAGAACCUCGCAGAAGCGCUACAGAACCUUCGGUUCAAGGACAGCGCCCGCGUCAUGUGGAUCGACGCGCUCUGCAUCAACCAGUCCGACGUCCGCGAAAAGGCCGCGCAGGUCAAGCGCAUGGGGCAUAUCUACCGCCUCGCGCGCCGCGUCGUCGCCUGGCUCGGCCCCAGCUGCCCCACCAGCGGACUCGCGCUGUCCGAGAUGGCCCGAGUCGGCGAAGGGGUAGAGUGCUCGCGCGACCACUGGAUGCUUCCCUCGCCCGGAUGGGGGGGAGGAGGAGGAGGAGGGCCGAACUGGGCGGAUCCGCGGGCGGCGCUGCCGUACGAUGCGCAGGCGUGGGACGCGAUUGCCCGGCUCUGCGCGCGCGAGUGGUUCGCGAGGCUGUGGAUCAUCCAGGAGAUUCACUUGGGCGAUAGCGCGCGCUCGGUCUUGCAGUGCGGGCGCAGCAACCACCCCGACGACAACAACACCAGCACCAGCACCAGCACCAGCACCAGCACCAGCACCAGCACCAGCACUGCGACAAAAACAACGAUCCCCUGGCCCCUCUUCCGCCGCGCCCUCCGCGCCAUCUACGCCAAGUUCUCGCACGCCCCCACCCCCCUGCAGCAGCGCCUGCGCGGCCUCAAACAGCUCACCUCCGACGUCGGCGGCAAGACCCUCGACGCGACGCUGCAUCAGCAUGCCGACCGCCGGUGCCAGGACCCGCGCGACAAGGUGUACGGGCUGCUCAGCCUCGUCGCGCCCGCGGUCCGCGCGCGGAUCGUCGUGGACUACGAGCUGCCGGUGGCGAGGGUGUACGCGCAGGCUUUCAGGGCGGGGGCGGAGUGCGAGCGGAGGGUCGAGCAGCUGGUUUACGGGGGGCUGAGGUAUGCGAUUUUCAGACGGGAGGCGGGGGAGAAGGGGUUGCCGUCGUGGGUCCCGGACUGGGAGCGCGAGAUCCGGGUCACGCUGCCGAGGGGCCUGGGGUUCUGCGCUAGUGGUGUUUCGGCCUUUUCUUCUCCUUCUUCUUCUUCUUCUUCUUCUGCCUCGGAUGGCUGUGGCGAGUACUUCUCUCCGAGAUUGCGGGUCAAGGCGCUGCGCUUCUCCCGCGUGGUGGGGGUCAGGAAACAGAUCGAGGCGCGGGAUUUCGGGGAGUUGGUGGAUGUGUUGGGGGGGAUUGUGGCAACGCCGCCACCACUGCCGACGACGACGACGACGACUACGACGACUACGACACAGGUAGAGGUGGAUGCAGGGGAAGGGGGGAAGGAUACGCACCGCCUAAAAUACCCAAGCAGCAGCAGCAGCAACAACAGCGAAGGCAAAGAAACGUACGCCGAAGCAUGGCUUGCCGCGCUGACGCGCGCCCGCUCCGAGGACAGACUCCCCGCGUGCGGGUUCCCGAGUCUGGCGCUUAUUAAGGCGGCCUUUGGGAUUGCGGGGGAUGGGGAGAUGAUAACGGAGAAGAAGAGGGAGGAGUUGCUGCCGGCUGAGUAUAGAACGCUGGUUACGGGGUGGGCGCGGUGGAACUUUGGGUUCGAGCUGGGGAACGGGUAUGUGGGUGUGAUUAAUGGGUUUCCGAUGAAAGGCGACGAAGUCUUUGUCGUACUAGGCUGCGAUGUCCCGAUGCUUCUGCGCCCCAAGUCGGAUGGCGAGUAUCAAGUUGUGGGGGAUUGCUACGUCCACGGAAUUAUGGACGGCGAAGCCCUCCUCGGCCCUCUCCCCCCGUCCUGGCGAAUCGUCAUGACGCAAGAAGAAGACGGGAUCCCACGACCUCGCUACAUCCACACCACCACCACAACCUCAACAGACCAAGACCCACGACUGACAGGCAUCCCAAUGGCGCCCGACUGGCAAGCCGGCGCGUGGGAGCGGACCCGCGUCGACCCGAACAACUGCUGCCGCUUCCGGAACACGCGGACCGGCGAGGUCGUCAACUCGGACCCGAGGCUGUUCCCCGAGGCGCUGGAGGCAAGGGGGGUGGAUGUGAGGACUAUUACGCUUGUAUGAUGGAUACAUGGAUGGGUAGGUUCCUACCUACAUAUGCUGGGCAUAGGUAGGGGGCUAUCUACUAUCGCCUUCCCCCUCCCAGUAGACGUCACGGGGUAAAUAUACAGUGAUUAAGUUGCACAACAUGAUUAUCAAGUAUGAA